GUCUUUGAGAUCAUGGGCGGGCAGAGUGGAGUGAUGAGUAGGCUGCAUGGACAUCGUUGAGCGCUGUGAAAGUCACGCGCGCCAUUUGGUUCAUUUUGUUCGUCGUCAUCGCAUCCGCGAACGAACAACCAUCACCCGACAUGGGCUCAGGCACAAGACAGAUCAGGCACGGCAGAGGGUCUCUGGUGGACGAUAGCGAAGAUGAAGCGGCGCCAGCGACGACGACCACGGAGCAAAGUGAUGUCACCUCAUCCGUCUCGCCGGCGCGCACACGACCAGACAUAAGCUCAAAGGCGCGAGGCAAGCAGAGAGCACUAGGUGCGGACAUUGAGCCGGCAACUUCGACUGGAUUGAUGAGCAGAGCAGAUGCCGAAGCGGCAGGGCGUGCAUCUGCUCCCACCGAAAGGACAAGGCUGCUGCUCUCUGCGCCAUCAAACGAAAGCGAUCAGACACUGUGCGAGCAAGAGGCUCUGCGCAGGCGACGACCGAGGAUGACAGCGAGCGAGAUAUGCUGUCAGCUACUGAUAGCGCUCAUCUGUGUCAUCUUCAUCGUCUUUGCCAACUUUCACAUGGUCGUAGGAAAGGUCAUGUCGGAUGUCUCACUCGCCUCUUGCGCCAGCUGUGCGCCUCUCUCGCUCUCGGGCGAUCCAGACAGUGAGCGUAGACAACGCGAGAUGGUACAGCGAGGACUUCGAUGGACUGGACCUCAUGAGAUCGAACUAGAUCUCAACUCGACUGCGCACUCGAGCGACAGCAUUGGUGUGAUAGCGACAUUCAGAGCGGGCGUAGAUGUCCGCAAGGCGCUGGGCUAUGCUCCCUCUACAGCAGAUCCCUUCCAGCUAGUCCUCAUGUCCGGCAGCAACGUCCUCCUGCCGUAUUCGCGUCAUGGCGUCAGCGGUACCUGGUUCCACAAGCUCGAGGAGCGGAUGUUCGCUGCUGUCAUCAGAGAAUGGUCAUCAGUCGACGUCAACCUACGCUCUGCCUAUGUGUGGUCCAACGGUGCGCACGCACAACAGGAUGACCAGUCAGCUAUCAUCAAGCUUGCGCUCGGUUGCGACGGAAUACGCGUGCCUCUCGUCUACGGCAGCGACGAUACAGACGACUGGCUACAGACGGUGCUCGUUCCAAUGCGUAUUUCUGUCCCCGAUUCACAAGCGCUUGCAUCGUUUGCGAAUGCUACCCUUGCCUUUGCCGACCGCGAGCAGACAGUCGAGCUGCAAGUAGCUGUUAAAGACGUUCGUGUACAGCUUGGCAGCUCGCGUCCGUCAAAUAGUCUACUUGGCCGUAUCCUUGCGCGGUACCGCAGGCAGUCUAUAGACGUGGUGGAAACGACGCUCCGUGAGACUCUGCCCGCUUUGCCCAAGGGAGCGCGCAACAUCUCCUCGCUUGUUCAGCUCUCGUCUUACAGGUUCUAUCCGAUCAACAGCACCUCGCACAAUAUUACAACACUCGCACUAGAAGCCACUGCCACGGUCUCGAAUCCCUUUGUGCUAUUCGAUGAACUCAAACCUUUCGACCUAGACGCUCGCAUACCCUGGAGGCUACCUUUCAGCAUCAGUAUGGCACUGGAAACCAAUGCUACAGCUUCAGCACGGUCUGUGCCCCUCGCCCAAGUACACACUCUGCCAUUCAGCCUGCGCAAAGGGCAAGCAAAUUUCACCCUUGCGAUCGAAGGCUCGAUGACGCCUUUCCAGACCAUGGAUCCAAGCAGCGCCGAAGCUGCAUUUUCCACCUUUCUCACACGAUUCGUCAAGGGCCAAGAUAAUCUCGUGCAAAUACAAUAUAGCGCCGCACAAAGGGGAGCAGGAUCUGCACCUCCUGCCUUCUUGCAGCCGCUGUUGAAACCCUAUGUCGUGCCAAUGAACUUUCCGGGAUCCAAUUCGACAGAGCAACUCAUCAAAGAUCUGCGAAUAGAAAACAUGAAGAUCGAUCCUUCUGGCGGCGAUCUCAUGUGUUCAGGCAAAGUAGUUGGCCAGCUCAAUCUGCCCGAAGAGAUGGCGACUCUUUCCAGUGUGCUUGAUAUCAGCGCAAUCUGGCCUGACAUUCUUGUCUACGAUGGCGAUGUCACGGAUACUGCAGAUUCCACAUCUAACAGUUGGCCGCCUUCACCUGCGCCUGCCAACGCAUUUGCACGACUAAGAACGCCAGACUGGCAAGCCGCGCAAACGCUUCAUCAAGGCAAUGUCAGCUAUAUCGUGUCGGAGAUCAAGCAAGUUCCUCUCGACCUCUUGCCGGGCAGGAGUGAUGUCUUUCGACGCUACGUCGGUAAGAUACUGUUCGGCGGAGGCUCAUCCGGCGUUCGCACAGGUAUCAAGGGCAGAUCCGACUGCCAGGCCGAUGUACAAGGCCUGGGUCAGAUCUCCCUUCGGCGCCUUCCGUCCAAAUCGUCGCGUUCGCGCUCGCGUCCUCGUCAGACUGACCAGAUGAUCGACUCGCGAGAGUCUCAACGUACACGACGGACAGCCUCUCCCGAAGCAUCGACAAGUCUGAAGCCAUGGGACAUCGGAUGCAGCACAAAAGAACAGCUACACGGCAAUUACAAAGCCUACUACGGCAAGAGAGACGAAGCUGCACAUUCGCCUGAUCCUCGCCUUGCUGCACUUGAUCCUGCAUGGUUCAAGCAUGGUCGCAUACUCGAUAUUGGCUGCAAUGUCGGCAAAGUCACGAUAGAAGUCGCGAGACGACUGCAGCCUUACAAAGUCAUCGGGGUCGAUCUGGACGACAGCUUGAUCCAGCACGCCAAGUCAAAAGUAAGACAUGCUUUCUCCGUACAGCAACCUUUCCCCAUCAUCGCCCGAGAAGCGAAACGGCGCAAACAGUCUCGCGGUGACGAUGAAGAGGUCUGCGGCGAUCCUGACUUCAGACCACGGUCGGACUACUUCCCGGACUGCUUUCCCUACAUGUUCGGCGAUAUGCCCAAGCCGCGUUCUCGUCUGUUGAGACACUACGAAGUUCUGACGCAACAAGACGAAGUCGAACGAUCCCAUCGACGAGGCAAAGAGGGCAGAGGCAAAGUCAUGCCCAAACUCGUCUCGCCCUUUCCGCUCAAUAUCGAAUUCAAACAGCGCUGUUGGCCCAGUGAAGGUAUCUCAGACGAUGACAAAGGCUACAAUGUCAUUCUCGCCUUUUCUGUCGUCAAAUGGAUCCAUCUGCAUGGUCUCGAUGCCGGCUUGCGCCAAUUUUUCGAGCGUGUCUUUGUAUCACUGUUGCCCGGCGGUCGCUUCAUACUAGAAUCACAUCCUGCAGAAUCAUACAAUAAAGCUUGCAAGCGCUUCCCUGUACUCACACCUCGCAGAGCUAGCCUACAGAUCACACCCGAGCAGUUCGAGCGCAUUUUGCUCGACGAGAUCGGCUUCAAGAGCGUCGAUCACAUCGGGGGCAGCGAAGCGCAAGCUGAAGCCCUGACUAAGCAAGCUGGAUUCAAGAGACCGCUGUCGGUAUAUCAUAAAGCCGAUGGCUCCUGGUUGUAAAGCAUACAAUGUGAUACAAUGGCAUGAGCAUGCGUC